AGUUCUGUUGGGCGUUUCUGCUGAGAGGCGGGAGGCGCUGAGUGUGCUGAGGUCCGUGGACUGACUGCAUUGCUUGUUGUUGCGCUUCGGAGGCGGCGAUCCCCGAAGGCGAGAUGAAAUGUGACUGAAGCCGGUGACCUUAACCGAAAGUCGUUCCCAGGCUACGAGUUGCCGCCAAGGAGUGGCCUAGAGAUGUUCGACGACUACGAGCCGGAGAGGUGGCCCACCCUCAGGGAGCGCUUGUGCUCAGAUGGCUUCUCAUUUCCCGAAUACCGCAUCAAAUUGUCUCAUCUGAGAAGGAUCCACAGAGCUAUCUUCUAUGGUAGGCUGGAGAAACUGGAGUACCUUCUGCUCACGAGAAGUGACGUCAAUAAGAGAGACAAGAAGGAAAGGACUCCCCUACAUUUGGCCUGUGCCACUGGCCAACCGGACAUGGUAUCUCUCCUGGUGUCCGCAAGAUGUGAGCUUAACCUCUACGACCGUGAAUGCAGGACACCUCUGAUCAAGGCUGUACAACUGAGGCAGGAGGUUUGUGCAACUAUUCUGCUGAAAAAUGGUGCUGAUCCAAAUAUUAUGGAUUUCUUUGGAAGGACUGCUCUACACUAUGCUGUGUAUAAUGAAGAUACAUCCAUGAUAGAAACACUUCUUUUUUAUGGUACAGAUAUUGAAGAAUGCAGCAAGUAUGAAUAUCAACCACUUUUACUUGCUGUGAGUCGAGCAAAAGUGAACAUGGUGGAAUUUUUAUUAAAGAAAAAUGCAAAUGUAAAUGCAGUUGAUUUUCUUAACAGAUCAGCCCUCAUACUUGCUGUUACUCUUGGUGAAAAAGAUAUAGUCAUUCUUCUUCUGAAGCAGCACAAUAUUGAUGUGUUUUCUCGAGAUGCAUAUGGAAAGACUGCAGAAGAUUAUGCGAUUGAGACUCAUAAUAAAGUCAUUUUCAGACUAAUUUCUGAAUACAAAAGAGAAAAGACAUCUGAAGAGCUUCCUAUAAAUAGCAAUCCAGUGUCUUCCCAGAAACAACCGGCCUUGAAGGCUACAAGUGAAAAGAAAGAUUCUGCUUCAAAUGUAGCCACAGAAACAAAAGAUGGAGAAAAAUCUGGGACAGUGUCUUCUCAGAAACAACCAGUCUUGAAGGCUACAAGCGAAAAGAAAGAUUCUGUUUCAAAUAUAGCCACAGAAAUAAAGGAUGGAGAAAAAUCUGGGACAGUGCUUCCUCCUGCUAAAGAGUGUUUAAACAGGAGUCUCUGUAGACCGGAUAAUAUUGCACAGCCUGUGACAGAGGAUGAGUUUGAUUUGGAAUCUGAGAUUAUUUCUAAACCAUACAUCCCAAAGAGAAGGAUUAUUUCUCCACAAUCUGCAGAAGAUGUGCUUCCUCCUGCUGAAGAGUGUUUAAACAGGAGUCUCUGUAGGCCGGAUAGUGUUGCACAGCCUGUGACAGAGGAUGAGUUUGCUUUGGAAUCUGAGAUUAUUUCAAAACUAUACAUCCCGAAGAGAAAGAUUAUUUCUCCAAAAUCUAUAGAAGAUGUGCUUCCUCCUGUUGAAGAGUGUUUUGACAGGAGUCUCUACAUACCAGAUAUUGUUGCACAGCCUGUGACAAAGAAUGAGUUUGAUUUGGAAUCUGAGGAAGAAAAAUCACUAUCAGCAACUGGAGAAGAAGCAAAUGUGUCUCCUGAGCAAACGCCUUUAUUCACGCAUACCGUGGAAGACAGAGAUCACAUUUCAACUAGAUUCUCAGGAAGCAUGGAUUCACUAACUUCCAGCGAAGGAUCUUCUGAGCGACCUCCUUUAUCCACGCUUACCCCAAAAGAAGCAGAUCCCAGUUCAAAAGUAGCCAUAAGACGGAAGGAUUCACCACCUCCAGGAAAAGUGUCUUCUGAGAAACAACCAGCCUGUAAGGUUACAAGUGACCAGAAUGAUUCUAUUUUGAAUAUCGCCACAGAAAUAAAGGAUGGGCAAAAAUCUGGGACAGUGUCUUCUGAGAAACAACCAGCCUUGAAGGCUACAAGUGAAAAGAAUGAUUCUGUUUCGAAUAUAGCCACAGAAAUAGAGGAGGGACCAACAUCUGGGACAGUGUCUUCUCGGAAACAACCAGUCUUGAAGGUUACAAGUGACGAGAAAGAUUCUGUUUCAAAUAUAGCCACAGAAAUAAAGGAUGGACAACAAUCUGGGACAGUGUCUUCUCAGAAACAACCAACCUUGAAGGCUACAAGUGACAAGGAAGAUUCUGUUUCGAAUAUAGCCACCAAAAUAAAGGAUGCACAAAUAUCUGGGACAGUGUCUUCUCAGAAACCACCGGCCUGGAAGGCUACAAGUGACAAGAAAGAUUCUCUUGUGAAUAUAGCCACAGAAAUAAAUGAUGGACAACAAUCUGGGACAGUGUCUUCCCAGAAACAACCAGCCUUGAAGGCUACAAGUGAUAAGGAAGAUUCUGUUUCGAAUAUAACCACAGAAGUAAAGGAUGGACAACAAUCUGGAACAGUGUCUCCUCAGAAACAGUCAGCCUGGAAGGUUAUAUUUAAAAAGAAAGCUCCUGUUUUGAAUAUUGCCACAAGAAUAAUGGCUGGUCGGAAAUCUGGAACAGUGUCUUCUCAGAAAAAAAAAGCCUUGAAGACGACAAGUGACAAGGAAGAUUCUGUUUCGAAUACAGCCACAGAAAUAAAGGAUGAACAACAAUCUGGGACAGCAGGCCUGAGAUUCUUCAUUCGUAGUAAGUUCUCGGGUGAUGCUGAUGCUGCUGGUCUUGGACAUGAUCUUCGCAUGUCUUGUCAGAAACAACCAGCCUUGAAGGCUACAAGUGACAAGGAAGAUUCUGUUUCAAAUAUAGCCACAGAAAUAAAGGAUGCACAAAUAUCUGGGACAGUGUCUUGUCAGAAACAACCAGCCUUGAAGGCUACAAGUGACAAGAAAGAUUCUGUUUCGAAUAUAGUCACAGAAAUAAAGGAUGAACAACAAUCUGGGACAGUGUCUUGUCAGAAACAACCAGCCUUGAAGGCUACAAGUGACAAGGAAGAUUCUGUUUCAAAUAUAGCCACAGAAAUAAAGGAUGCACAAAUAUCUGGGACAGUGUCUUCUCAGAAACAACCACCCUUGAAGGCUACAAGUGACAAGAAAGAUUCUGUUUCGAAUAUAGUCACAGAAAUAAAGGAUGAACAACAAUCUGGGACAGUGUCUUGUCAGAAACAACCAGCCUUGAAGGCUACAAGUGACAAGGAAGAUUCUGUUUCAAAUAUAGCCACAGAAAUAAAGGAUGCACAAAUAUCUGGGACAGUGUCUUCUCAGAAACAACCACCCUUGAAGGCUACAAGUGACAAGAAAGAUUCUGUUUCGAAUAUAGUCACAGAAAUAAAGGAUGAACAACAAUCUGGGACAGUGUCUUGUCAGAAACAACCAGCCUUGAAGGCUACAAGUGACAAGGAAGAUUCUGUUUCAAAUAUAGCCACAGAAAUAAAGGAUGCACAAAUAUCUGGGACAGUGUCUUCUCAGAAACAACCACCCUUGAAGGCUACAAGUGAGAAGAAAGAUUCUGUUUCGAAUAUAGUCACAGAAAUAAAGGAUGAACAACAAUCUGGGACAGUGUCUUCUCAGAAACAACCAGUCUUGAAGGUUACAAGUGACGAGAAAGAUUCUGUUUCGAAUACAGCCUCAGAAAUAAAGGAUGGACAAGAAUCUGCUACAGUGUCUUCUCAGAAACAACCAGACUUGAAGGCUACAAGUGACAAGGAAGAUUCUGUUUCGAAUAUAGCCACAGAAAUAAAGGAUGCACAAAUAUCUGGAACAGUGCCUUCUCAGAAACCACCAGCCUUGAAGGUUAUAAGUGACGAGAAAGAUUCUAUUUUGAAUAUAGCUACAGAAAUAAAGGAUGGACAAGAAUCUGGGACAGUGUCUUCUCAGAAACAACCAACCUUGAAGGCUACAAGUGACAAGGAAGAUUCUGUUUCGAAUAUAGCCACAGAAAUAAAGGAUGGACAACAAUCUGGGACAGUGUCUUCGCAGAAACGACCAACCUUGAAGGCUACAAGUGACAAGGAAGAUUCUGUUUUGAAUAUAGCCACAGAAAUACAGGAUGGACAACAAUCUGGGACAGUGUCUUCUCAGAAACAACCAGCCUUGAAGGCUACAAGUGACAAGGAAGAUUCUGUUUCGAAUAUAACCACAGAAAUAAAGGAUGCACAAAUAUCUGGAACAGUGCCUUCUCAGAAACCAGCAGCGUUGAAAGUUACAAGUGACAAGAAAGUUUCUGUUUCGAAUACAGCCACAGAAAUAAAGGAUGCACAAGAAUCUGGGACAGUGUCUUCUCAGAAACAACCAGCCUUGAAGGGUACAAGUGACAAGGAAGAUUCUGUUUCGAAUAUAACCACAAAAAUAAAGGAUGCACAAAUAUCUGGAACAGUGCCUUCUCAGAAACCACCAGCGUUGAAAGUUACAAGUGACAAGAAAGUUCCUGUUUCGAAUACAGCCACAGAAAUAAAGGAUGCACAAGAAUCUGGGACAGUGUCUUCUCAGAAACAACCAGCCUUGAAGGCUACAAGUGACAAGGAAGAUUCUGUUUCGAAUAUAGCCACAGAAAUAAAGGAUGCACAAAUAUCUGGGACAGUGUCUUCUCAGAAACCACCAGCCUUGAAGGCUACAAGUGACAAGAAAGAUUCUGUUUCGAAUAUAGCCACAGAAAUAAUGGAUGGACAAAAAUCUGGUACAGUGUCUUCCCAGAAACAACCACCCUUGAAGGCUGCAAGUGACAAGAAAGUAUCUAUUUCUAAUAUAGUCACAGAAAUAAAGGAUGGACAAGAAUCUGCGACAGUGUCUUCUCAGAAACAACCGGCCUGGAAGGCUACAAGUGACAAGAAAGAUUCUGUUUCAAAUAUAACGACAGAAAUAAAGGAUGGACAAAUAUCUGGGACAGUGUCUUCUCAGAAAAAAAAAGCCUUGAAGGCGACAAGUGACAAGGAAGAUUCUGUUUCGAAUACAGCCACAGAAAUAAAGGAUGGACAACAAUCUGGGACAGCGUCUCCUCAGAAACAGUCGGCCUGGAAGGUUAUAUUUAAAAAGAAAGCUCCUGUUUUGAAUACUGCCACAAGAAUAAUGGCUGGUCGGAAAUCUGGAACAGAGUAUCCUGAGAAUCUGCCCACCUUGAAGGCUACAAUUGAAAAUAAAGAUUCUGUUCUGAAUACAGCCACCAAAAUGAAGGGUGUACAAACAUCCACACCAGCAGAACAAGACUUAGAAAUGGCAUCAGAGGGAGAGCAAAAGAGGCUUGAAGACUAUGAAAAUAACCAGCCACGGGUGAAAAACCAAAUACAUUCUAGGGAUGACUUUGAUGACAUAAUUCAGUCAUCUCAAAUAGCCUCAGAGGAUGACUCGCUUUGCUCCAAUUGUAAGAAAGUUAUAUUACUCAUUGAUCAACAUGAAAUGAAGUGUAAAGAUUGUGUUCACCUAUCAAAAAUUAAAAAUGCAUUUCGUUUUUGUAAAAGAUCAAUAAAACUUAAAGAUAAUCACUGUGAGCGACUUAUAGUAAAAAUUCAAAAAAUGAAAAAUAAGGUUAGUGUACUACGGAAGAGACUAUCUGAAAAAGAAGAAAUAAAAUCGUGCUUAGAGCAUGAAAAACUUGAAUGCGAACAAGAACUCUGUAGUGUGAGAUUUACCAUACAGCAAGAAAAAGAGAAAAGAAGAAAUGUUGAAGAGUUGCACCAAAAAGUUCGGGAAAAGUUAAGAACAACAGAAGAGCAACAUAGGAUAGAAGUUGAUGUGACAGAACAAGUUAAACUGGCUCUCAAAUCACUGGAGAUGGAAUUGAAGAGUGUAGGAAAGAAUUCAAAUCAGAUUUCUGAUACUGAUAAAAAAGAAGAAGAUCUGCUACAUGAAAACCACUUGAUGGAAGAUGAAAUUGCCACGCUCAGACUGGAAAUAGACACAAUAAAAAACCAAAACCUGGAAAAGAAAUACUUAAAAGACUUUGAAAUUAUGAAAAGAAAGCAUGAAGACCUUCAAAAGACGCUAAAACGGAAUGGGGAAACAUUAGCAAAAACGAUAGCUGAUUAUAGUGUACAGCUUGCUGCUCUGACAGAUGAGAACGCAACGCUCCGUUCCAAACUGGAGAAGGAAACACAGACCAGGCAAAUACUGGAAACAGAAACGGAAUCAUACCGUUGUAGACUGAAUGCUGCUCUAUCUGAUCAUGAUCAAAGUCACUCAUCAGAAAGAGACCAAGAGCUUGCUUUCCAGGGCACAGUAGAUAAAUGGUGUCAUUUACAGGAAAAUUCGAAUUCUUGUGUUCUGACUCUUUCUCAGCAACUUUCUAAAGCUGAGAGUAAGUUCAGAGUCCUCGAAACUGAGCUCCAUUACACAAGAGAGGCUCUGAAAGAAAAGUCUUUGGUUUUUGAACAUGUACAAAGAGAACUAAACCAAAAACAGUGUCAAAUGAAGGACAUUGAAAAAAUGUACAAAAAUGAAUAUGAUAAAAUGGAAAAAUGCAUAGAAAAGCAGGAAAGAUUUUGUCAACUAAAAAAACAAAAUAUGUUACUUCAACAGCAACUGGAUGACGCUCGCAACAAAGCUGACAAUCGAGAAAAAGCAAUACUUAAUAUUCAAGCCAGAUGUGAUGCUAGAGUACAAAACUUUCAAGCUGAGUGCAGAAAGCACCGUCUUUUACUACAAGAAGACAAUAAGAGGUUGGUCAAUGAAUUGAAUCAUUUGAAAGAAAAAGAAUGCCAAAAUGAAAAAGAGAAAGCAGAAAGAGAAGUAGUUGUGAGACAACUUCAGCAGAAACGAAAUGAUGUCUUAAACAAACAAUCGUCAACAAAAGCUUUGCUGGAUGCUUCAUCGCGUCACUGCGUCCAUUUAGAAAAUGAGAUGCAGGAUUCAAGGAAGAAAUUAGACCAGAUAAGAAGUCAAUUUCAAGAAAUACAGGAUCAACUUACAGCUACUAUAAGAUGUACUAAGAAGACGGAAGGCCAUGCACACAAGCUUGAAGUAGAAAAUGCCAUGAUAAGAAAAACUAUUAAAAAACAGGAUGACCAAAUUGAGCGGCUUGAGAAAAUCCUGCAGCGUUCAAGUUUGAUGCUGCCUGUGUUCAGGAAGUAGUGAAGAUAUGGACAUUUCUGGGAUUACAGAGCCCCCUCUAAGCACAAGACAGUGAAGAAUCCACAUUCUUCAGCCAGAAAGUCACCUAUGAGAGCCAAAUGUCUGACCAUAGACAGGAGAGUCAGAGAACGAUAAAGACAUCUCAGGAAAAUUGUAAAAAUAAUCAGCAACCGUACGUGGAUAACCCUUUCAAA